CCUCAUCCUCACAAAACAAGUUCCUUUAGACUCAGAAGAAGCAAAUGCUUGUGGAUCUCACACUUCGACAGAAAGAGAGAAAAGAGAAACGAUGAUGAUGAUCGAAUCAGCCAUGGCCGUACGAUUCCCCGCCGGCGCAAAUGUCUGCUCCUCCACCGCCUUACCCUAUUGUCGUUCAAUGUGGAGCUCGGAGGAUGUGAACGGAGUCCACGUCACCUCUUACCGGCUUUCUCACCCUGGCGGCGGUUUCGAUUCUCCGUGGAAUAGAAAUCGACGAUUAAGAGGUGGUUACAUGACGAGAAGAAAUGCUCUUGUAAAGAACAAUAGAAUUCGAGCAACUGCAGAGCAUUUGGGCUCGACUCGGGACCCUAAAAAGCAGAAUGGGGGGUCACAGUACCAUCCGUAUGAAGACAUUGCUGAGUUGACACCGGAGAAUCGUGGAGACGCUAGGCUUACAGCUGCAGAAAGUAGUAGGACAAUUAUUGAGGUAAACAGCAAAGCGACACUUACAUUUUCCAGUAUGAUCAAUGGCGAAGUUCAUGAGAAUAUCAUCUUGCCUGAGUUGCCUUACGUUACUGAUGAACAUGGAAAUAUCUACUUUCAAGUGAACAAUGAUGACAACAGUGCUUUCCAAUCCCUAACUUCAGAUAACAACUUUGUGCAAGUCAUUAUAGGCUUGGAUACUAUGGAAAUGCUCAGUGACAUGGAGUUAUCAGAUCCAUUAGAAAUUGAUUUUGGAAUUGAGGAAAUUGAAGAUGAGGAUAGUGAUACUGAAGAUGAGGAUGAUGAGGAUACCGUUGAAGAUGAAGAUUAUGAUACGGACUGGGUUUCUGUUCAUGAUGAUGAAGACGACCAGUAUGAUUCUGAUGAGACACUCGCAGACUGGGCAAAGUUGGAGACUAUGCGUUCUUCUCAUCCAAUGCAUUUUGCCAGUAAGCUGACUGAGGUUGCUUCAGAUGAUCCUAUAGACUGGAUGGAGGAGCCUUCAGCUAGUCUUGCUAUCCAAGGCCUUCUAAGACCUGCCUUUAUUGAAGAACAAUCUGUCAUUCAAAAACAUCUAUCUGACCAUCAGUCCAGUAAUGCUGACAUAAAUCAGGCUGGGAAAAUUGUAGAAGACAAACCAGAAGAUCUUGGUAUGAUUAAUGGUUACAGAACUGAAUCUGGAUCAUCUGAAGAUGGUUCAAACCAGGCUGAGGAACCUGAGAAGGAUGAAAUCCCUGUGAAUGGGACUACAUUUUACAGGUUGGAGAUGAUUAGAAUUCAGCUGUUCUCCUCACAUGGACAUCCGACUGUUGUUGAGGUAGAAGACUUCGUGAAAGCUCAACCUGAUGCUAUUGCACACUCAGCAGCCAAAAUUAUAUCUCGUCUAAAAGCUGGUGGAGAAAAGACCAUACAGGCCCUCAAAUCUCUUUGUUGGAGAUGUAAGGGCAUUCAAGUGGAGGAGGCAGCACUUAUUGGUGUAGAUUCCCUCGGGUUUGACGUAAAGGUUUGUUCAGGAACACAAGUACAAACAUUGCGGUUUGCAUUUAAUACACGGGCCCCUUCAGAGUACAGUGCUGAGAGACAGCUUAAUGAUCUACUAUUCCCUAGGAUCCACCACAAGCCACAAAUGAUGAAACAAACACCAAAAUGAGUGCUAAUAUUGACAAAUAGCAUAUUCCAGUUUAAUUCUAGAUGGUUUUUGUACUCUCUUGGUCAAGAUUUGAAUGGAAAAGGUCAAGGGUGACAGAAAAAGAAAAAAUCCAUAGACAGUCACCAGCUUAUGUAAUUGUUAUUUGCAACUAAUGUUACAGAAAUUCAAAUUUUUUAUCAAGCAUCUCUACUAUUACUCAUC